CCAUUAUUACCAUUAGCUUAUUGAAAGUAAUCAACACUUCUAUAGAUUAUAGAUUAUCCUUCUUCAGAUUCGUAUCAAACUGUGGAUAUUCCUCUCUCUGUUAACAUAACUUCAGUAUUCAAUUAUUGCCCAUAAUCAUUCUGUGACGCUUUAGAAGCUGAGAAAUUAUUUGAGGAUUAUAAGGUAGAGAUGGAAGUUAGAUGGAACUCUUUUCUUGUUCUUGUUCUUGUUCUUGUUGUGAGCUUUGCAGAGAUUUCUAAUGGUGGAAGAACAAGCACUUUUGUAAGAAACGAUGACUUGUCUCUUGAUAUGCCUUUAGAUAGCGAUGUCUUUAGAGUACCUCCUGGUUAUAAUGCUCCUCAACAGGUUCAUAUAACACAAGGGGAUUAUGAAGCAAACAGUGUGAUUGUCUCUUGGGUCACUCCAGAUGAACCCGGUUCACGAACAGUGAUUUACUGGGCUGAAAAUAGUGAGCUCAAGAAUCGUGCAGAUGGCUUAGUUGUUAAGUACAAGUACUUCAAUUAUACUUCUGGUUACAUUCAUCACUGCACCAUCAAGGAUUUGGAGUUUGACACUAAAUAUUACUAUGAGGUUGGUACUGGAAAAGCAAGCAGGCGAUUUUGGUUCAUCACCCCUCCUAAAUCCGGCCCAGAUGUUCCUUAUACUUUUGGCCUUAUAGGGGAUCUUGGCCAAACCCAUGACUCCAAUCAAACGCUUACCCAUUAUGAGUUUAAUCCUAUAAAGGGACAGACAAUAUUGUUCGUUGGAGACCUGUCCUAUGCAGAUGAUUAUCCAUUUCAUGACAAUGUGAGGUGGGAUACAUGGGGAAGGUUUAUUGAAAGGAAUGCUGCCUAUCAGCCUUGGAUUUGGACCGCAGGGAAUCAUGAACUUGAUUUUGCUCCUCAAUUUGGUGAACCUAUGCCCUUCAAGCCUUAUUUGCACAGAUAUCAUGUCCCAUAUACUGCAUCUGGAAGCACAUCUCCUCUUUGGUAUUCCAUCAAGAGAGCUUCAACAUAUAUCAUUGUCAUGUCCUCUUACUCAGCAUUUGGGAAGUACACUCCACAAUACAAAUGGCUAGAACAGGAGCUGCCUAAAGUGAACAGGAGUGAGACACCAUGGCUUAUUGUUCUUAUGCAUUGUCCAAUGUAUAACAGUUAUGCACAUCAUUAUAUGGAAGGGGAAACCAUGAGAGUGAUGUAUGAAGCUUGGUUCGUGGAGCACAAAGUUGAUGUUGUCUUUGCUGGUCAUGUUCAUGCCUAUGAACGAUCUGAACGAGUAUCAAAUAUCGCAUACGAUAUCGUAAAUGGGUUGUGCACUCCCGUGAGUGAUCAAUCUGCUCCAGUUUACAUAACCAUUGGAGAUGGAGGAAAUCUAGAAGGAUUAGUGACAGAAAUGACAGAACCACAGCCAAGCUACUCAGCUUUCCGUGAAGCCAGCUUUGGACACGGUACUCUUGAUAUAAAGAACAGGACUCAUGCCUAUUUCAGUUGGCACCGCAAUCAAGAUGGGUACGCUGUGGAAGCCGAUUCUGUAUUGUUGAUCAACAGAUAUUGGAGGAGCUCCUUGGAAGAAUCAUCCAUAGCUACAUUAUGAGAAACUGACCAUUUCACAAUCUUCGCUAUAGAUAAUAUACUCGCUUGCCGCAACAAGUUAUGUCCUCGUCCUUGCAUUAUCAUAGUGUUCAAAAAAUCUUUUGCUUAUUAAGUAUAAAAAUUUCACUCUUUUCUCUUUCCAA